CCCCGAAGUAGCUGAUAGGAUCAUAUCGGCCGAGCUCGAUUUCUGCUGUGUUACCUUCAUGUUCAGAUCCCUCAAUUUCAGAACUGAGGAUUUGGUCCUCGCAAUAACUUAUCUAGGUACCUUACGGAAGACAACGAGAAUCGACCUUCCAUGAGGCACGGGGCCAUGGCUUCAUCGAGCGAGCGUCACAGUUCCGAAAGUCCAGGGGAAGAGUCAGCCCCUUUCAUCCCUGGAACAAACAACAGGUCUGAUUUGGAAAAGGACUCUUCCUUUUUACCGUCUAGUACACAGCCACACCGAUGGCAGCGUCUCGGAUACAUUUCGUUCCAUGGCGCCCUCAUUCUUUUCUACACUGUCCUAUUCGUUGUCUUUACCUUCAGAAAACAUGAGUGUGGCGCCCCGCCGCUACAUGAGUUAUCAUUGUAUUCUCCGGCCGAACAAGUUGUUGACUACGAAAAGAGACCGGUCGAUGGAUUGGCAGAGGGGAGCAUAUAUGCCGGUUAUCCACGGGCAGAGUCGGAGGCUGCCUGGAAGAAUCUCAUGGAAGGUACCAACAUCAAAUUGUACCCUGAUGAGAUGGGAGAACUCAACGAAACAUCCCUGAAGAUGAGGGACGGAUCGGGGUCGUUGGCAGUUCUCGGCGUUUAUCAUGAGCUCCACUGCGUGAAGCGACUGCGGAAAUGGUUUUAUCGAGAGUAUUACUACCCAAAUCAGACUGAGCUCGAGUUCAAUGAGCGUAUGACGCACGCGGAUCAUUGCCUCGAAUUUCUCCGCCAGGCUUCCAUGUGUCACGGCGAUGUUACCGUGACGUCGUUUAAGUGGUUACACGAUCAACAGGGGCAUGCCAUCGAACCGACGACAAAAGAAGGGGCUCUGCAUCGGUGCGUCAAGUGGGACAGCCUCCAGACAUGGGCAAGGUCGCGCCGUGUGGACUUGUUUGAUCCCCAUUUGCUUGUUCCAGAGUAUGCCGGUGGUCAUUAAAUGGAGCGGGAACGAGGUUAAAUAUCUUGGAGAACAGGAUCUACCAUUGUUAAUUCAUGUGCAAAACCGUCAAACUAUUUA